AUGGUACCGGAGCGAGAAGCGUUAGAUACAUGGGUCCAAAUUGCCAAGGUUGUGAAUGGAGGGAAUACGACAACAUAUUCGGAUAGCAACCUUUUGGUCCUCCCCAAUGGGCACCUCUUGCUCAUUAAUGGUGCAACCAAGGGUACGUCUGCAUGGUGGAAUGCUGAUUUGCCUAACUACACGCCCGUGUUGUACAGACCCGAGGACCCUAAAGGGUUGAGGUUUAGGGUGCUUAAGGCAAGCCAAAUUGCGAGAAUCUACCACUCCACUUCCACGGUGCUUCCUAGUGGCAAGAUUUGGGUUUUUGGAAGCAACACACACAAUACAUAUAGGGACGUGGAUAGGUUCCCAACUGAGACAAGAGUUGAAGCUUUCUCUCCUCCUUAUUUGGACGCCAACUUUGACAAGUAUAGGCCGCAAAUUAACGAGGAUGCUUCGGAGAAAGAGUUGACAUAUGGUGGUUUUUUUGAGACAAGUUUCUCGAGGCUUUUGUUUCUCAAGAUUGACGAGUUAAUCGUAGAAGCCCAAGAAGGGUUUUACAGGGUUAGAGUGGAGGCACCUCCAUCUAAUGCCAUUGCUCCUCCUGGAUACUACUUGCUCUUCGUCGUUCCCCGUGGCUUGCCUGCAGCCAAGGGAAUCUGGGUGCAUAUUCAAUAG